CAUGCCCACGGAACAGGCCACGCCCCUGAGUGUGGGUUUUCGUUUGACAGUGAGUAAAGUUUGUUGGGAGUCGUUGAAUUGUCAGUGAUUUUAACCUUUUUGCUUAAUUUCCCCUGUUUUUUUCGGAUUUUACUAUAACGAUGGAAUAACAAGCAUGGUGGUGAAUUCAGUCCACUGGUUUCGUAAAGGUCUGCGGUUGCACGAUAAUCCUGCGCUGCAGGAGGCCCUGAAUGGAGCGGACGCAGUGCGCUGUGUUUAUAUUCUAGACCCCUUUUUUGCUGGAGCUGCUAACGUGGGAAUCAACCGAUGGAGGUUUCUGUUGGAAGCUCUGGAGGACCUGGACAGCAGUCUCAAGAAGCUCAACUCCAGGCUUUUUGUAGUCAGAGGGCAGCCUACUGAUGUGUUCCCCAGGCUUUUUAAGGAGUGGAACGUGACCAGGCUGACCUUUGAAUAUGACCCAGAGCCUUAUGGGAAAGAGAGGGAUGGCGCAAUCAUUAAGAUGGCUCAAGAAUUUGGAGUGGAGACUAUUGUCAGAAACUCUCAUACCCUCUACAAUCUAGAUAGGAUAAUAGAGAUGAACAACAACAGUCCUCCUCUGACGUUUAAGCGUUUUCAGACUAUUGUGAGCAGACUGGAGUUGCCUAGGAGACCUCUGCCUCCCAUCACUCAGCAACAAAUGGACAAAUGUCACACCAAAAUAGGAGACAACCAUGACCAGCUAUACAGUAUCCCUUCUUUAGAAGAAUUGGGUUUCAGGACAGCUGGUUUACCUCCAGCUGUGUGGCGUGGAGGAGAGUCUCAGGCAUUGGACAGACUCAGUAAACAUCUGGACAAAAAGGUGUGGGUAACCAGCUUGGAGCACCCCCGUGUUAACACCUGCUCUCUAUAUGCCAGUCCCACCGGUCUCAGCCCCUACCUGCGUUUCGGGUGUCUGUCCUGCAGAGUUUUGUACUACAACCUCAGAGAGCUCUACAUGAAGGUCCGCAAACGCUGUAGUCCUCCUCUGUCCCUGUUCGGCCAGCUCUUAUGGAGGGAAUUCUUUUACACGGCAGCCACCAACAACCCAAAUUUUGACCGUAUGGAUGGAAACCCCAUCUGUGUCCAGAUCCCAUGGGACCAGAACCCAGAAGCACUGGCCAAGUGGGCUGAGGGUCGGACUGGUUUCCCCUGGAUCGACGCCAUCAUGACCCAGUUGAGACAAGAGGGCUGGAUCCACCACCUGGCGCGGCACGCUGUGGCCUGCUUUCUCACCAGGGGAGACUUGUGGAUCAGCUGGGAGAGUGGCAUGAAAGUGUUUGAGGAACUGCUGCUGGAUGCAGACUGGAGUGUGAAUGCUGGUAGCUGGAUGUGGUUGUCCUGUAGUGCUUUCUUUCAGCAGUUCUUCCACUGCUACUGUCCUGUUGGCUUCGGAAGGAGAACUGACCCGACGGGAGACUACAUCAGGCAUUACAUCCCCAUUCUUAAGGACUACCCGAACCGGUAUAUCUAUGAGCCAUGGAACGCUCCUGAGUCGCUACAGAAAGCAGCCAACUGUGUGGUGGGAGUGGAUUACCCCAAACCCAUGAUCAACCAUGCAGAGAGUAGUAGGCUCAACAUUGAAAGGAUGAAACAAGUUUACCAGCAGCUUUCCCACUACAGAGGACUCAGUCUGCUAGCAUCUGUACCAACAAUCCAGGAAGAAGCAGAGCCGCCGAUGACUGAUGAGUCCCAGACCAGCAGUGGUCCAGAUUCUCCUCAAAGAGUUCCUGCAAAUACAGAGGGAGCUGGCUGCUAUGAAGCUCCUGAUUCUUCCACAGUCUGUCCAUCCUCCACAUCAGCCCCACAUCCAGACCAGGAGCACCAGGCUCCUUGCAUCUCCUCAGGUUGCCACACUGAUCCCAGUCAUCCUCCUUCCCUUUCCUCAACACAGGGCCACAGCCCCCUGUUAAAGUCCAAACCAUCCUCCCCUUCAUCUUCUUCUUCAUCUCAGUCAUCCUCAUUGGGAACAAAGAGAAAAGGCCUUAGCCGCAAGGUACGACGUGGGCAAAGGCAGCGAGGGCGACAGUACUGCACUCUAACAGCUCGCGAGGAGGCAGGAGAAGAGGAGACGAUGGAGGAGGAUAUGGAGCAGGAUGAGGAAAGAAUGGAGGAGGAAGAGGAGACUUGUGCAGAAACUGCAGGACAGCUAGAGUGAUAAAAGGUGGAAUGUAAAAGAAGAAUGGGGGAAGAAAUACAUCCCGGACACCUGGACACGUAAAGACACACAAAGAACAAUGUUCUGGAUAUGUGGAUAAAUACAAACAGAAGCAUGUAUACAACACUAGUGAAAGCUGUACAAAAGCAUUUAGAUCCUACUUCAGUCAAGAGAACUGCUAAAAAGCUGUCUAGAUGAGCAUUUUAAUAAUAUCAUUAAAAGUAAUUUGACUGAAACUGAUUACAGCAUGUGGACGUUCUUUUCCCUCAGAAAUUCUUAAGUAUGAGUAAACGUUUAUAGAAUUCCACCUCUGAAGCACACACGGUGAAUAAGAAGCAAUGUCGACUUCUUCACACUGAAGCCAUACAACACACAGUGGCAGUCACCUGCUUGUUCUUCCCUUAGCGCUGAAUGUGUCUGUCAUAUUUCUGCACAUAUUUCUGGGUGAAAUGAAGAUUUUGCAUACAGUGACUUGUUACUAUGCUUUACAAUGUUUAAUGAGUGAUGAUCUGAAUCGCUAACUAAAUGAAGAUGCACAAGUAAAGCUAAGUAUGGUGGAAACCAUCUUGCGCUGUUUGAUAGAGGAACUUCAAUGUCACUUCUUCAGGUUCAUCCUGACAUAGGCCGGCCAUCUUGAGAAUCCACAAUUAUAUUUUCUACAAAGAUGGUUAGCAGUAGACAACUGUGCACUUGUUGUAACAUGGGGAACCGUUCCAGUUAAGAACUGAUACCAAACAGUCUGGGUCUUCAUCUUUAACUACCGCUGCAGGUAUCAGCCCAGCAAAAGCUUCAAACAAAUUUCACUGGGUUAUACACUAGGUUCAGACUUUGCAGCAUUCCCUUUAAAGGAAAGACCAAGGGUAGAUUGGUUUUGUUUUGUGCACUGUAUAAAGUUGUAUCUUCAACUUUUUGCCAUCUUUUCCUACCAAAGACUGAGCAUUAGCCCAUGUAACAUGGAUUUUCUUGUCAAAGAAACAGAUUAUAAAAAAGCGGGUGCUCUCGACCAAGUUAAAUCUAGUUGUUAAAUCUAGUUGUUAAAGCUCAAACACCUGAAGAACUGGAGUUGCUGUACCACAUACAGCCAAAUUAAAUUUGUCAUUUUUUUAAGUCUAAAAAAGUUUCGGGGACUUUUUUUGUUUUUGUAAAUAGUUUUGAUGAAGAAAAGCAUCCAAGACUUCUUUUCUUCUACUCAAAAAAUACACAGACGUAAAAUGGUUUUGAAAUGGUUUUAUGCUCAUGUUGAGCAUUAAAUCAGCUGUUUUAUUUUCUUCUUUCUUCUUUUUUUCUUUUCCUCAGUCUGAAUCUUGCAUGUGGCUUCAGUGUGAAGACAGUAGUUUUUAGGAAGAACUUGUUUACACAGUUGGAGAAAGCUCUUGUAAAAGAGUUCCUGUUUGUCAAUACUGUAAAUGCCCAAUUUUGAAUAUAUCUGAUAUUUUUUGUUACUAACCAUGUUAACUAGGCAAUUGGCUAAUAUUUUAUAGUCCAUGAAUCCUUUGUGUAUUUGGUGGUUUGUGGAAAAAAUUGCAGAUGGCUGACUGAAUAUGACAGUGGAUCCUGUAGAUAUGGCGCAGGGGGAUGCAAGGCAUGAAAGAAAGUCAUUUUCCUCUGUGGCAACUUAAGAUCCUGCUUGUGUCACCUGAAUAUAGCAGAAACAAGUGUUGUGCUUUUCUCCCACAUUUAUCUGUUUGUAUAUAAAAUUCAAUAUCAUAACCUGUCUAUUUUCAUAGAAAUAGUAUUGAGAGGGUUUCUUAAAGGCUCAUGGCGGCCCAGAGUGUCCACUAGAGGGCAACACCAGAUCCAGCAGUGAGUGUACUACAGUGAUUCCACAGCUUGUUCUUUCUCUUAACCUGCGGGUAUAAUAAUGACGACAAUAAUAAUAAUAAUAAUAAUGAUAAUAAUAAUAAUAAUAACAAAGUUAAACUGACUAUCAUUCCCUUCUUUCCUUCAACCAACAGUUUUAAAAAGAAAAAGUAUUACUUUUUAAAUAAAUAGGAUUAGCGUAAUCACUUUCUUUCACCAGCAAACUUCAAAGAUAUUCUGGAUCAUGGCUCAACAGCAACAAAUAAAUAAACUGACACACAUUGGUAUAGCCAAUAAUUUCGCUCUUGAUACACUAUCUGCUGAUUAUUAGUAAUUAAACAUGUUUCUAGGUGACAACUUUAAAUGCCUUAAAAUGCCUUAUAAUCCCCCCCCCCUCAAAAAAAAAUCAUGUGAGACUACAAGAAGCAUAAAAUAUUUAUAUGAAUAAUUAGUCAUAAUUAGUCACGCCAAAACAAAAUGUAGGAAAUGGUUUGUUUGUUUGUUUGUUUUUAAAAAAAGCUACUAUAGACAUCUCCAACUUAUAUUGAUAGACAGAAAUAAAAGAAGCUGAAAUAGCCAUAGUAGGAGCUCAACACCCCCACCCUAACCAUGCACAAGUCAAAUUUACCUGCAGGAGCCACACAACCAAAAUUCAAAAGGGGAAAAAACAAGUGGAAACUGUACGCUGGCCAGAAAAGUUCAGUUCCAACUUUUCCUAAAAGCAGCAGCAGUGCUGACAUGCUGGUGUGCUCCUUCACAUUCUACCUGCUGACAGCAUAAUGUGUUGCCUGAGUCCAGCAUGAAAUAAAUGGAUAUUUAUUUGUUUUGUAUUCUAAACAAAAUGUUUAUUUUGAUUAAAACUGAUGAAAAGUUGU